UAGAAAAUCAAAUGAAUAAUUUAGUCUACCGAAAUGAAGUGAACAUUUCUUGACAAACCAAUGCAAAUCAAGCAGUUGAAACAACGCUCUUAAAAGUGUUUGUGGCAUUCAUAAAACUUGGUCAUAGAAUUCUAUUUCAAGACAGGAUUGUUAAAUUGGCAUCGUGUCUAAAAUGCAUUCGUUUCCCUUAUGUUCGUCUAAAUGUAUUCGCUUCUUUGUUCUUUAUGAUUCCGAUGACCUCAUUGGGAAGAGCUGACGAUUGGAAACAUGGCGGAGCUGCAGUUUGAAGCUCCACUCGCAAAGUUCGAAAGCGACGAGUGGAAUGAAUUCAAUGACUUUCAAACCGCUUCAGAUCUUGAAAACUCAAAUAAAACAACAGGAAGUGUGGACAAUCGGAUAGAACGAGAAUCGGUGGACAAUUUUAAUGAAACUUUAUCAGGAUCUUUAGAAGAUCUGGUGAACUCUUUUGAUGAAAAGAUUACCAAAUGUUUCAAAAAUUAUGACGAGAAGGUAGAAAAAUUCGCCCCAGUACAGAUUCGAAGCCAAGAAGAAAUAAUGAAUGAUUGUCAAAUGUGGUGGACCAUCACAGGAAAUUUUGGGAACAUUCUACCAAUUGAUUGGUCCAAAACAUACACACGGCAGCUGCACACCAAGGCUUUAAAACUGGAUGAAAAAAGGGACUGUGACUCUCCUGACUUGGAUCUCUCAGAAGAUGAAGAGUUACAACAUGACUUUGACUUGCAUUCCCUCAUUGUCUCCAGUCUCCAACAGGAGCCAAUGUUCACUGCAGCUGAAGUGAUCAAGGAAAUAGAGGACAUGAUGUUGGAAGGGGAAGACUCUGGAGCUGCACUGACACCUUCAGAUGUGGACAUGUUGUCACCCAUGUCAUCAGAACUAUUGCAUUUCAAAACAAAUCCUGAUGGAACUACAGAAAAUGUGGAAGAUAAGCAUCCAGUUCCUAGUGAGACAGCGCCACCUCCUAGUGUUCAGAAUGAAGGAUUGAAGAAUUUAUCCCUUGGUGCUUUGAACGAGCUGUAUGAAGAACUAGAGUGUGCAGUCAAAACUUACUCCGAAACUCUGAUAAAUGAGCUUGCACUAAGAGAUGAGCUUGAAUAUGAAAAGGAGCUGAAAAACACCUUCAUUUCACUGGUCUUGAAUGUUCAGAGAAAGAAGAAAGACUCCCAGACAGAAAAAAAGAAAAAUGCCAACAGUAUGAAAAAGGUGAAGGGAAAUAAUGAGGCCGAACCAGGCGCGUACUUGACGACCAUUGUCCCUUACCAUGCAGGAAUGGGAACACCCACCAAUGAACAACUCCAAAUCUACAUAAAAUUACUACAAGCUAUCUUAGAAGAUGGUCCUGCAGUUCCAGGCCUACUGACAGAUUACAUACUUAAAGUCCUAUGUCCAACCUAGAAAUGGACAGAUCAAGAUCCAAGAUGCUGGCAGUGAGAACAACUCCAAGAUUACAAAGGACCUGUGUGGCAGACCUCAAAAUGAUAUCAUGGCUUUUACUUAUCUGUAGUUCUUAGUGUAAUACAUGUCUGCCUUUUGUAUCAUAUCAUGUAAAACUUGUCAUGGCCAUUGGAACUGUGGAGAUAUUAAAACUGAUUAAAAUAAGUGGUGGACUGCAACUUUAGUGCCAAACAUCCAAAUGUACUGAAUAAUUGCCAGUUUUUAACUCCACUGAUCUAAACUUGCAGAAAAUAAAGCUUGUUUUGAUAUUCCAAUUGUCUUUAUGAUACAGGCUAUUAAGUUUUUCAAGCAAAUUCCAUUGUAGAUUAAAUAUAAACCAGUAGUAGUUGGGAAAAUGUUUCCAAUGAAAUAGUAGCCCAUAUGUAUCAAAUCCAGUAUUUGAUGCCAGAGUCAUAUUCUCUGUAUUUUGUGUUCUCUUACUCAUUUCAGGAUUCUAGCUGAUGUUGUCACUUUUAUAAUAAAUUUAAGAGCUGUAGGCUUAUGUUUUAUAUACACACUUUAGAUCAUCCGACAUUUUAUCUGCCAAAUUUUUAUUGGCUCCUUGAUGGACAUUUGAUUUUUUAUUGACAUUGUAUGAUAACAGUACUUUUAAAAACUAUAUAUCAACCAGCCUGUUCUUUGUUGAUUUGCUGUUUAAAGUAUUUGUAUUUGAUAUCAAGUAGUAUUUAUGACAGGGCUCAUGUGCAUAGCUGUAGCAUUAUGAUAUUGUGAUGGUAGUACCAGAUUUAAUUAGGACCUUUUUGUACAUAAUUGAGCUUUUUACAGUUGCAAAAACUGCUUUUAUAUACCUACACAAAUGUGUUCAUUGUAAAAUGUAUGUAAUGUUUAUGUGAAUUUUAAGUGUUCUGUGAUUUUUUGCUUUGGAGAUCAUAUGUUGUUUUUCUCUAUAAACCCAAACUAUUAUGGCACAAAAUACUUACAUAAUAUUUAAUUGUUUGUAAAUACUCAGUGUAAGACUCAGCUUAGAUUAGUGUAUUUCAUCAAAUCAUUGGAAACUAUGGUACAUAGCACAGGAGACGUGAAUAUUUCAGAGUUGUACAAGGUUAAAACUGUGGUUCAGUAACUUGUGGAAGAGGUCAAGUAACUUGUAACUUUGCUUUAAAAGAACAGCCUGGAGGUAAAUGAAGCUGGUGCUCUAAGAUAAGCAUGGAAAUAUAUAAACAAAUACUUGGAUCAAUACAAAAUGGUGUGAAAGUGAUCUUUUCAUCAAUGAUAUUACCCAUGCUACCAGUUCUUAUGCCAGAAGUCGAAAUCAAGAUAGAACGAUUGGAACUGGGAGUGAUUUAAUGUAACCAAUGUGGUCAGUUAGAUAAGAUGUAUUUCAAGUGCAAUAUGUUUGGUGUACUCAGUGCUAAUUAACUUAAUAAAAGUGUUGUCAAAAAUGAAAAAAUGAAAAA